AUGAACGUUUAUCAAAUCAAAUGGAUUUCAUUCAUCUUCAUUCUAAAUCUCAUUUUAAUCAUCUCAAAAACUUUAGCACAAGCCAUCAAAAAAAGAUCAAGUUCAUUAGACAUUGAAUUAAAUAUUCAAUCUAGAAGACCAUCAGAUAUAAAUUUAAUCAAACGUAGUAGUGAUAGAGGUGUGGAGGGUGGAGUGAGUGAGAUUGAUUUACUUGGUUCAUGGGCCAUUGAAGCAGCUCAAAAGUUACAAUCUAGAUAUGGAGAUCAGAUUAGAUCGAUUUCAAAGAGUGAUCUGUCUAAUGAAUUAAAAAAAAGACAGAUUAGUGAUUUAGGAUUAGUGAAUGCAUUUUCAGAUGCGAUUUAUACCGGUUCGAUUUCGAUUGGUACACCUCCUCAACAAUUCAAUGUCAUCAUGGACACUGGAUCAUCUGAUCUAUGGGUAGCCGAUUCAGCCUGCACAGGCGACAAUGGAUGUCCAAGCUCAGUAAUCAAAUUCAGAACCCAAGACUCAAGCACCUACAGCAACCUAACGAAACCCUUCAAAGUGACCUAUGGAUCAGGUAGAGUAGCCGGAAACUUGGGAACCGAUAUCGUUUCUGUCGGACUCUUUACCGUCACAGGUCAAACUAUUGGAACUUGUGAUAUUGUGGAAAACAUCUUGAGGUCUGGACUUGAUACUUCUGGGAUACUUGGAUUAGGUUGGGCUGGGAUUGCUACUAGUGGUUCUACACCGGCUUGGCAAUCGCUUUUUAUGCAAGACGUUUUGGAAGAACCUGUGAUGGGAUUCGCUUUAAAAAGAUUAAUUAAUUUCAGACCUACCACUACUGCACCUGGUGGUACAAUGACAGUUGGUGGUACAAAUAAAAAACUUUAUGUUGGUGAAAUUAAUUAUAUACCACUUUCGAAAAAUCAAACAUAUUGGCUCGUACCACUCUCAGCUUUAACUGUAGGUGGUACUCAAGUUGAAAUCGGUCAACCUGAUGUGGCCAUCGAUACAGGUACUUCUUUGAUUGGUGCACCAGCAGAUGCACUUCGAACGAUCUUUUCUGUUAUACCUGGUUCUGAACUUAUGGAAACGGGUACAUUUAAAGGGUAUUGGACUGUACCUUGUAAAACCAAGGUGAAGAUCGCAGUUCAAUUCGGUCAAAUGUCUUAUUCCAUAGAUCCAUCAGAUUUUAAUUUAGGAAAGAUUUCAGGUGGAUCGAAGUGUUUAACAUCUUUUUUUACGAUCACUAAAUCUAAAACAGGUGGUUCGAUUCCAGAAUGGAUCUUUGGUGCAGCAUUUUUGAAAAACGUUUAUGCUGCGUUUAGAGCUUCACCACCGUCGGUUGGAUUUGCUCAACUUUCGGCUGAUAUCGAUCCGUUUCCAUCUAUACCUGCUCCGAUGGCCGUUGCUACUUCUAAUUUCACUUCUAAAGAUCAUUCAACUAAAAGUAAAUCAAAACAUUCCGGUUCGGAAUCUACUUUGAAGCCUUCAUGGAUCGGAUUCAUCUUGGGAUCUAUAACGAUGAUCAUGAUGAUGGGUUCAUGUUCGAUUCUCAUUUAAAAAGAAACAAAAUAUAGAUCAUUUAUUCUUAUUCAAUCAAGUCUUUCUUGUAACGGCUUGGAAACCCCAAUUUUAUUUUUUUCCUAAUGUGGAUUUCUUUGCAGGUCAAUUGGUUUCACAAAUUCUCAUCUAUGCAUGCAUUUUUUUUUGCUUCAUCUCUUUCAUUUCUUUUUGUUUAGUAAUUUCUUUUUCUCAACUUCUUAUUUUCUUUAGGCAUUUUCAAAUUCUCUUUUUUUGCUUUACUUUCGCUUUGUUUAAUGACGUGAUGAAUUACAAGAUAGACUUUUAAUGUUUUUUUUCAUGUAGAAUUGUUCAAGACAUUCAGAUACAGCAACUUGUUUUGGUUUCGUCAUUAGAUCAUAUAUACUUCAUAUAAUCUAUCAUGUAUCAUUUGUUUUUUUGAAAUGGUUUGAAUACUUGUAGCAUUUGUUUUUUGGAAUGAAAAAAAAAACAAAAAAACUUAC